AUGGAUACCUUAUUACCACAACUAGGGACAUUAUCUGUCCAAAUACCUGUUAUCUGGGCAAGCGCUGGUGUCGUCUUGUCACUUCUUGUCAUAUCUGCCGCAGUAUUUGUUAGAAUCUUCCAGGACCGCCAUGACCGCGAUGCAUUCGUAACUAUUGUCUGUGUUCUCGCCCUAUCAUCGCUUCUCGCAACUGUUUGUCUGCUUCCGGUUGAUAUCGCGCUUGUUUCAAUAACUACGAAUAAUGCCACGGGUCUCAAGAAAGAAUGGGCGGAUGUUGAAACUGUAGCCAGGAUUGUACAACAAUUGAAGAUAGUUUACUACAGCCUUUAUUCACUCGAUGCAACUAUGUGUCUACUUAUCAUUCCGUACGAGGAGUGGGAUGUUGAUACAAGUGCUUGGCAAAGGAUAAAAGGCGCGCUCAAGUAUAGCCUUUGUUUUCUUGCGUUUAUUUUUAUCUUAAUGACCGUGGGUCUUUUCAUUCCUGUCGCAAAUGAUACUAAAGGACACUGGGACCUUGAUUAUUUCAAGAAACUUCUUUUGGCCAACAAUGGGGAGCGCAUUUUGACUUUUAUUGUUGGCGCUCUUCUCUGUGUUGGAAUACUCCCUUACGUUUGCUAUACUGCCCCCGGCCUGGCACUCACUCCCAUGGUCUAUAUAAAAUCUAUUCCUGGAUCAUCAGCCGCCUCUAGCUCCGCAUCAGUCCACGAGGAUCUCAUUUUCAACCGCGAGAAACAAAGAAUGAUUGAAGCAAAGUAUGGAGGUAGUACUACUUCUAAUUUCACAGCUAAAGAUAGGCGUGAAAUGGAAAGUCUACAAAGGGAGGAAAGAACUUUAGUGCGUCGGGAGAGGAUCGCUGAAGAAGGUGGCAGAAAGGGUCGUAGAUUCUUGGGAAAGCUGAAAGCACUUGGGAGGCCCCUCGAGAUUAUCUUCGGCAUUUUCGUCCUAGUCGUUUCACUCUCGGUUGUUACUUCAAUGCUGUUGACGUCUGUUGACAAGUCCAAGAACUCUGUCUGUGGAAAUCGCUGUGGGUACAUUUUGGCUAAGAUCAAUUUAUUUAACCCCAUCAACUGGUUAUUUGUGACUGCCAGCAACUUUUUCCCAGCAGAUUAUGUAUUGGCUCUGUUGUUGGUAUUGCUUCUUUUUGUUGGUAGCGUUGUUGGGGCAGCAUUCGUCGGUAUCAGAUUCUUGUGGGUAUCGUUGUUCAAAAUCCAAACUGGACACACGAAACCUCAAGGAAUGCUCCUAGCUACCGUUAUCUUAACGCUCAUGGUUUUGGCAAUCAACUACGCCAUUACAAUGAUCAUUGCUCCGCAGUACGCUCACUAUGGAGGCCAGAAGUUUUGCAACAACACUUUAACUGGUGAUUUGUUUCUUGACUGCAGUCAAAACCCAGAACUCAUCGUGUUCUGCUCAGAAUCUGCCCCGCAAUACAUCUGUACGCCAACUGUUGUUUCCACUUUUAUCAACCGUGUGACACUGAAUUUUCCCUUCUUUGGCGCGUUCGCUUUCUGGGGACAGUUCGCAUUCAUUGGGGUUUAUACUAUCACUCUCUUAAUCGCGCUUAUUAAGACACCCCGCCUUCGUAAUAUGUCGGACGAUGAAGACGACGAAAUUGACGAGGAGGAGAGCUUACUCAGGGAAAGCUCCCGAGGUACUGAUUGGGAAAACAUCAGAGGUCAAUCCGGAAGGCCCACCAUCUAUGGCAUAAACGGAAGGGGAUCGAGGGAAGAUGUUUAG